GUUAGUCUUUUGUUUCAAGUUAUUGAAUGUUGAUGCUACACUUGUUAACAAAGUGAAAACGAAUUUAGGUUUUUUUAAAUUUUAUCAACUUCUCGUUAGAAUACAUUCAUACUAUUAAGAAAUGUCGGAGAACGAAGUUGUCGAUGAAAAGAGUGUCUCGGACGAAGAGAAUGAUGUAAUUGAAAGUAAAAGUAAAGGACAGAAAAGAAAAAGGCCUUUUCCAAAGGCAACACCUUCAAAAAAAAAAUCAAAGACUGAAGAAACACCUCCUUCAGACAAAGAAGAUGAAAGUGAAUCAGAAGAUGAUGAGAAAGCUCCUGUUGGUCUUUUGGAUCGUUCACCAGAAGUUACAGGAACUCGUGUUCGUAAACAGGUGGAGAGGCUUAAUAUUAACAGUUCUGCUUCAACAGAGAGUCCUGAUCGCCGUAAAAAUGAACUUAUGCCAGGUAAAGGAAUAAAGCUUGGAACAUCACCCAAAAUCUUGGCUCAGCUUCAGAGUGUUAAACAAUCAGAUAUGGUUCUCCUUCACCGUCUCUUAUUCAAGAGACCAGGAACAGCUCAUGAGAUUAAGAAAAAUAUUAGAGAAUUUUCUGGAUAUCCAUUUAAUAAAGAGGAUAAGGAAUUUGAAAGCAGAAAACACAUGUUGGAAAAGAACACCUUAACUGACUUAAAAUUCAUCUGCCAAAUAUUGUGCCUUGAAAAAAGUGGAACAAAAGAGGGUGUAAUUGAAAGAAUACUGGAAUUUUGUUUGUGCCCAAAUCCCAGCAGUAAACCUGUUGCUAAAAAAAACAAAAAGGCAACGAAAGAAAGUAAAAAGAAAACUAGUGCUAAGCAGGAUGGCGACAAAUCGGCAAAGAGCAGUCCAAAGAAAAAUAUUACAUCAUCUGAAACCGUUGAAGACGAUUCAAGCACCUCCGACGAAGAAGGGGAUGAGGAAAAUCAUUCAUCUGAAAAGGAAGAAUCGCCGAAGCCAACACCGGUAAAAAAAGCCAACAAAAAUGUUUCAACACCAAAACCAACUAAAGAGGUCACAACACCGAAAGCAACCAAAAAAGCCGUAGCUAGCAAGGAAAACAAAGAAGUUUCAGCUACGAACUCGAAAAAGAAACCACCGAAGAAAUCACCGAAAAAGUCUGAGAUUAAAAUUAAAUUACCGCUCACGAAUAAGGGGAAAAAGAAAUCGGCACCUAUCGAAAAUUCCGAUUCAGAAGAAGAUAAAAAAUUGAUUGAUCAAGAAGUGGACAAGACUAUCGAAGAUGAAAAGUCCAUUGAUAAACCAGUAGACAAGGAAAAGGAAAAUAAAAAGUCUAUGAAAGAACCAUCAACUUCGCCCAAGAAAUCAGUGGCUGAUAAUGAUGAAAAGUUAGUCAACGAUUCGCCUAGCACAGUAAAAAGUCCAGCGACAGCAAAGUCAAUAGAGCCGACGAAUGAUGAGCUGGCCAAUACUAUCAAACAAAUUUUGAAAGGCGCAAACCUUGAAGAUAUGACCAUGAAAAACUUGUGUCGCCAGGUGUACGAUAAGUUCCCUGAAUGCGAAUUAGAGAAAACAAAGAAAGAUUUUAUUCGAUCAACCGCCCGCGAGAUUCUUGGUGGAGAAUCGUGAUAACACCCAGGUACCAAGCCGGUUUAUUCUUAAAUUUUAAUUUUGUUUCCCACUGUACUACUAUGAUACAUCAAAAGCUUUGACAAUACAAAGGUUAGAAAGAUGG